AUGGAGAAGCAAGAGUUUGAAGAUGCCAUUGUUAAGGAUCUUGCAUUGAUGGGAAUUCGGCCUGACAAAGUCAGCUAUACUAGUGACUACUUUGAUCAACUCUACAACUGUUAUCUUCAGAUUAUUAAAUCUGGAAAGGCCUAUGCCGAUGACACUGACCAUGAGACCAUGAAGAACCAGCAGUGGGACGGCAUUCCUAUCCAGCGUCGUGACCUCUCUCCUGAGGAGUCCUUGGCUCACCUAGAGGAGAUGAAGAAGGGCACUUCUGAGGGCCUACGGUGGUGUAUCCGUGCUAAGAUCUCCUUCGAUGAUAAAAACAAGGCCCUACACGACCCUGUGAUCUACCGAUGCAAUCCUGCUACUCAUCACCGUACAGGCGAUGCCUGGGUUAUUUAUCCUACAUACAACUUUGCUUGUCCCACUGUCGACUCGAUGGAGGGCGUUACCCAUGCCCUGAGGACCAUCGAAUACAGAGACCGUAACCCGCAGUACCAGUGGAUGCUCGAUACUCUGAACCUCCGUACUGUGCAGGUCUGGGACUUUGCUCGCAUGAACUUCAUCCGUACCCUGUUGUCUAAUCGAAAGCUAACCAAACUUGUGGAAAGCGGCGUCGUAUGGGGAUGUGACGAGGACAUGGUCAAGGCUACUGUUACUGGUUGUCCCGCUACCUCAUACACGGAAAAGCGCCAAAAGCAUGUCAAAAACACCGCUCUUGGCGAGAAAGUGGUGGCUUUCUCUCCUUCUACUGUUCUAGAGCAGGUUGAUGCCAAAUCUUUCAAGCAGGACGAGGAGAUCACGCUGAUGAACUGGGGUAAUGCAAUUGUGCGCAAAAUCUCCACCGAUGGCUCUACCGGCAAAGUAACGCAUCUGGAACUAGAGCUGCAUAUGGCUGGUGACGUGAAGAAAACCGAGAAGAAGGUGACCUGGCUGUCCACCGAGGGCCAAACUCUGGUCCCUGUCGAGCUGGUCGGCUUUGACUACCUGCUCAAGAAGGACUCGUUGAGUAAGGAUGACAUCCUCGAGGAUGUCCUCAACUUCAACACAGAGUUCCGUGUGAGUGGGCUGGCCGAUUGCAAUAUAUCCGAGGCCAAUGUUGGCGAUAUUUUGCAGUUCGAUCGCAAGGGCUUCUACCGUGUGGAUCGGGUUCCUGCUCCUGGUGUCCCUGGUGUCUUCUUCAACAUCCCCACCGGAAAGCAAAAGUAG